UCCCGCCCAAUUUCUCUGGUCAAAAUAUCGAGGCAAUAGCUAGGGUUCCGGCAUUUCCUCCCCAUUUCUCGAUCUCCGGCGAAUUUCUGUUCAAUCAAUGCCGGACCUCGGAAAUGCGUCCCUCGUUCGCACGCACUGCUCGACUCUGAAGAGUCUCCCUUCUUCUUCUUCUGUUCCUUCUCCAUCUCCUUUAGAUGGCGAGCUCGAAGGUAGCUAUCCGGUCAAAGCUAUAGUCAACGGAUGCGACUGGAACCUCAACCUCGGGUUGCCGAGCAGGAAGAAGCGAUGUAAUGGAGGUUUGAUUAAGGUGCUGAGGCGGUGCCGCGGCGGAGUACCGGAUCGAGCCAAGAAAGGUUGCGGAGCGAAGUGUUUGGAGGAUUAUGUGAGCGAUUGGGUCCAUAAGAAGAUGGAAUCGGGGGCUUCCAAGUCGAGCUGCUACCUUCCGUUUCUUGGCGGUGGAGAGAGAAUGGUUGUAUGUCGCGUUUGCCGUUUGUGUAUCGAUCCGGGAGAUGAGCUUGCUACCUGCUCUGUGCGGAACUGUUCAGGGGUUUAUCACUCACAGUGUGUGAAGGAAACGUUUAAAGUCUCAAAUGUGAAGAAAUUCAAGUGCCCUCAGCAUGAAUGCUUUGUAUGCAGUCAGAGGUUACAGUGGAGGUGUGUCCAAUGCUUAAAUGCUUCACAUGACAAGUGUGCACCAUGGCCGCAUACUGUAAUCCAUUUGAUAAACCAGCCAGGACGCGCAAUUUGUUGGAGGCAUCCGGAUGAUUGGAGACUAGAUAGACAUCCGAAUGAUUGGAGACUGGAUAAGAAGAAUGAGCGGCACUUGGUACCAGCCAGUGAUAUUGAGGAGAUAUUCCUUCGGUUGCCCCUGCCAUAUGUCGAGGAAGAGUUCAAGAUUGAUUUGACAUGGAAGGGCCUGAUGGAGAAUAAACUCGAGCCCCCUCCAUUUGUGCACAUCAGGCGCAAUAUUUACAUGGUCAAGAAGAAACGUGAUGGUGCUGCUGGAUAUGAUAAUGGAUGCACAAACUGCGGUCCUAUAUGCUGUGAAAACUGUGUAUGCAGGGUCCAAUGCAUAAGUUGCUCUAAAUCUUGCCGUUGCUCUGAAAAUUGCACCAACCGGCCCUUUCGCAAGGAUAAAAAGAUAAGAAUUGUCAAGACAGAGCUUUGUGGUUGGGGGGUAAUGGCAGCUGAACCGAUAAACAAAGGUGAUUUCGUCAUAGAGUACAUUGGGGAAGUCAUUAGUGAUGCACUAUGCGAGCAAAGGCUUUGGGACAUGAAGUACAGGGGAGUUCAGAACUUCUACAUGUGCGAAAUACGCAAGAACUUCACAAUAGAUGCCACAUACAAGGGAAACACUUCUCGUUUCUUGAACCACAGUUGCGAUCCCAACUGCCUACUCGAAAAGUGGCAAGUUGAGGGGGAGACACGGGUUGGUAUUUUUGCUGCUCGGUCCAUCGAUGUUGGAGAACCAUUGACAUAUGAUUACAGAUUCGUGCAGUUUGGACCAGAAGUGAAGUGCUACUGUGGGGCUUCAAACUGCCAGGGCUUCCUUGGAACCAAAAGAAAGGUGACAACAGAGUUGAAUGUAGAGUUGAAUAUAUACUGGGGUGCGAAACGCAGGAGGUCAUUAGCAGCCAUUGUUGCCAUUUGAAUGUCUGGUUGCUUUGUUUUGCAUCAACUGUAAAGAACAGCGCAGAGGGAGAGUGAAGGAGAGAAACUACACGACCUCAUGAUUUUGUUCUGUAUGUUUGUUUGUAAUACCUAAUUCAACGUGGGAAAGCAAGGGAUUGUAGAAAGGGUUGAAGACUUGUAGUAAUAUUGUCAAACGGUUGUCAAAAUUUCCGCCAAAUUGGGGAUGGUUCAAUUGGGAGGAGCUUUCUUGUGCCAGAAGAAAUGGGUUGGCUUGAU